AUCAAUCAAUCCACCCAUUCACAACACACUCACAAAGGAAUAAGGAAGAGUCAGCUGGCUGCACGCUUCAUGGACAGCACACGCGCGUUCCCAUAAGGACAGUUGUCUUGUCACAACAAUAUUUUCCGCGCCUCAUUUUACAGAUGUACUCUACCUUUAUUGCUACUUCCAUCCAGGGAGAGGCUGUUCAGUUUACAAAUGUACUGAGCUUUCCUAGUUUUCACAGAAGAGAGUUGUUUGUCACAUGCAGGACAGCACAGAUGCGCACCUGACCGCAAACACGUCGCGCUUGACGCUUCCAUCUCUUUGCUCUCUCAUUUCGUGAGUGGAUCUUGUUGAAAUCUCAUUUAAAUGUGUUUAUUGCAUUAUAAUAGCCAUCUUGAUGUCAUGAUGGCACAGUGGAGAGGAGAAGCAUCCUGCAUGUGUAGGCUAUGUACGCGAAAGUGUUGUUCCACCAGCAAAUUUCCACGUGAGCAGUGAUGUCCGAAAGGGUUAAGUGCUCGAGCGGCGUGCUCACUCCUACAGCAUUACAUCACUCAGCGGUCCAGAGGUGCGAACCGAGCACUAGGUGGCAUCCUAGAUGAGUACGGAUCCGCGUCUCUCUUCAGUCGAGACAUCCAGUCGGCGGUGGCGGGUGUCUCAGGGAACAGUCCCGCGCUCGCUCCCAAAGACAAUGCGCAGGUGACAAGAACCGGCUUCCAGGAGUUCGUCUCUGACCCGUGCCGGCUCGAGAACUAGAUCAGCGCUGACUUCGCCGUCCGCAGCGCCGCAGGAGGAUGCUCGGCCUCACCCCACAAGUCCAUGGCUACCUCAUUAGGGGUACUCUGGAGAAACAGGUGUCGGGGAAGUGACGUCACGAGCCUCGGAAACCAGAGGUGUGCGCUUCGGAGAGCAAGAUGGCAGCGAAAUCCGACGGUCGGGGGGUCGUCACCGGUUUCGCCCAGCUGCACAACCUGGACGAGACGGUGGGGAGCUGCGAGGACGACCCGCGGCAGAGCAGCUCCUUCCACAUCUGCCACUGCUGCAACACCUCGUCGUGCUACUGGGGCUGCCGGAGCGCCUGUCUGCAUUACCUCCUGGGCAAGGGGAGAGACGUCAGGCGGCCACCUCACGAGAAGCGCCUGUGGUUGGACUGCCUGUGGAUCGUCCUCGCGCUCCUCGUCUUCUUCUGGGACGUGGGCACUGACUUGUGGCUCGCGCUCGACUACUACUUCAAGCAGGACUACCUCUGGUUCGGACUCACACUGUUCUUCGUGCUGGUGCCGUCGGUGCUGGUCCAGAUCUUGAGCUUCAGGUGGUUCGUGCAGGAUUACACGGGGGGCGGCCUGGGCACCGUGGAGGGUCUCAGCAGCGGCCGGAGAGCCACGGCGGGCACGAGCGCAGGGGUGUACGGCAGGGUCAGAUGCUGUCGCGUAUCAGUGUGGGUCUGGCAGACGCUCAUACACAUC